AUGCGAUCCAGCCCUGCCGGGCUCUUGAAAUUACGGCAGCAAAAACUUGGAAACUUGCUAUCAGUUGCAUUAGAACGAGCCACUAAAUUUCCAAAAGAACACACAAGCUUUGAAGCUUUGUCACCAAUGCUGGUCAGUCUAGGCCCGAAUUGCGAUUUUAGCGUAGUCAGCAAUGCCAAAACGGCUAUUUCACCCGAUGUUGCACGGUCCUACCGUGUUCCCGAUAAGGCCUCGUCCUCAGCUGAAAAGAAGUUUGGAACAACAUCACGGAAAAAGUCACCAGAAACUCGCCAGAAACUCACCGCCAAUAGUCACCGGUAA